AUGGCAAGGAAUUUUAUGGACCUGAUCUGGGACUAUGCGGUGUUUAUCGUGUUUAUCAUAUUCUCAACGCUGUUCCCGCUGUGGGGCCGCUUCUUCGGCAAGAAGGAGAAAACCAAGGCGGAUUAUGUGUUCGGACUCGGCACGAUAUCGAUGGGUGCGAUGAUGCUGUCGAUCGCUCGUGGAACUCUUGGCGUACGAUCGUUUCUGGGCUACCCGAGCGAACUGUUCUACCGCGGCUCGGCGAUGUGGGAAACGUUGUACGGUAUGGUGUCUGCCUAUCCGGUCGUAUGCUUCAUCUUCAUCCCGGUGUACUUCAAUCUGGGCGUAACGUCCGUGUACCAGUAUCUGGAUCUGCGCUUCAACAGCCGUCUGGUGCGAUGUUUGGCGUCGGGAACGUACAUCGUUCGUUCGCUGCUCAAUCUCGGCGUCACGGUGUACACACCGACCGUGGCCAUGAACACUGUUAUCGGCGUACCGUACUGGGCAUCGCUAAUCGGUAUAUCGGCUAUCAGCAUCGGGUUCAAUUUGUUGGGCGGUUUGAAGGCGGCAAUCACGGCGGAUGUCAUACAGGGCGUCACUAUGAUCUUGAUUUCGUUGGGCAUUAUCAUCCAGUCGAUGGUUUCUGCUGGAGGAUUCGAGAAGAUAUUCACGAUACCAGCUGAAGAUGGUCGUAUGGAAUUCUUCAACUUUACCGGCGAUGCUACGGUUCGCGUGGAUACUACCUCCGCCUGGCUUGGACAGCUGUUUAUGUCGCUGAGCAUUUUUGGAUGUCAGCAGAAUUUCGUCCAGCGUUAUCUUAGCAUGAGCACAUUCAAGGAGGUACGCCGUACGCUGAUGAGCAACAUCCCGGUAGUUAUUGUGCUGUUCUGUCUGGCGUGGAUCGUUGGCAUGGGUGUGUACUCGGUGUACGCUGUGUGCGAUCCGAUGAAGGCCGGCUACAUCAACAAGAUGGACGAAAUUUUGCCAUUCUUUGUGGAGGACAAGUUUGCCUACCUUCCAGGCGUGUUGGGCAUCUUUAUGGCGUCGCUGUUUAACGGUGCACUCAGUCUUAACGUUUCGAAUCUCAACUCGUUGGCCACUGUCACGUGGGAGGACUUUCUGUCCCAGCUGCCCCGGUUCAAGGGCAUCAGCGACAAGCAGCAGUUGAAUGUGAUCAAGUUCAUCGGUUCGAUAUACGGUGUGGUGGUGAUGGGUGUCGGUUUCUCCGUUGGACUGCUGUCGGGAGUUAUCGAGAGCAGUAUGCUGAUGACAUCGGCCACAUCGGGACCACUGCUCGGUGUGUUUUUGCUCGCAAUGUUGGUGCCGAUCGCAAACUGGAAGGGAGCCGCCUGUGGUAUGAUCGUUUCGCACAUCAUCACUCUUUGGAUAACGUUCGGCAGCUUAACAGUCUCGAAGGAGGCCAUACUGCUACCUACUACAAUUGAUGGCUGCACAAAUGACACAUUCUCUUCGGGUAUUACAAAACCCACUAAAUCGUGGCUACUCGCAAACACUCCUCUCGAGGUGGAGUCUGAAUUUCCUUACUUCGACACCACAACGCAAACCCCAGACCCAGCCACGGUUGGAUUCCCGGAAAAUAUCUACUCAGUGUCGUACAUGUACUACAGCUUGAUCGGUACCUUCCUUACUGUCGUCGUGGGUACGCUUGUGAGCGUGCUGACAUCGCACACCGACGAUGCGUACGAUCGCCAACUGCUGCACCCGAUCGCUUACCACUGCAGCAAGAUAUUCCCCGGCAAGGAACGGCGCUACAUCACCAACCCGGAAAUUCGGCCCAAGGAUGUGGAAUCACCGGACAGCAGCAGCACGAAAAAGUCACCCCUCGAGGAGCUCGAACGGGACAAUCUGGGUUUCGAUACGGUGUCGGAACAGUCUGGUGUGACGGUGGUGAGCAUUGAUCCCCUACCGCCAAAGUUGGACAGGCCAGAGGUGUACCGCAAGCAUGACACCGAAGCCGACCACUGAGAUGGGCUGCCAAAUGACGGCGAAUCGCUCCUCGCAAGCGUAAUGAUACACUUUUCAAGACUGUGAUAAACUCAGCGAACCUUACCGAUUACGUGCACACAACCCUAG